AUGGAAGAAAUAAGUUCUGUUAGGAAGUUAAUGAAAAAAAAUGUUAGAAGAAACUAUAGCAUACAUCCACAAAAUAUUAUUUUUUAUGAUUAUUUUAAUAAUUUAAAAAGAAAAGCAUUAGCUCAGGGUCAUAAUAAUUUAGUUAUUUCUUUUAAAAAAAUUCUUAGUUCAAUUUUAAAGUAUCCAUUACCUAUUAAAAAUUGUUUGGAUGCAUAUAAAUUAAAAGGUGUUGGAAAACGUUUUUCUUACUUUUUUGAAAAGGCAUUAAAACAAACACAAAAUGAAAAUAAUUAUAAUUACAAUGAUGAUAAUUAUGUAUCCAAUGUACGUAACUUUAAUAUAAAUAAUCAUAUAAGUAAAGUUAUUAAAUGUUCUAACGAUUUUUUAAGAGAAUUUGAUGAAUUAAAUAUGAUAAAAAAAAUUGAUGAUAUAACAGAAGAUGAUAAUAUUUUAAGAAAUCUAAAAGAAAUAGAAAAUGAUCAUAUAAAUAAAGAGAAGAAAAAUUCUAAAUACAAAAUAAAGAAUGACGGAAUACAUAAUAGCCCUCUUCAUUUUAAUGGAAAUAAUGAUUCUUUAUGUUUAACCAUACAAGAUGAUAAACAUGGUUUCAGUGAUUCUUUAAAUAAAACUAUUAUUUCAGAUAAUAGAAAUGAUAAAAAUAAAAUGUCCAUUGAAUAUAAAGAAGAAUCACUUAGGAAAUCAUUCUCUCCAAAUAAACUUGAAAAAACUAUUUCUAAUUAUGAAAAUUCGUCUAUGAAAAAAAAUAAAAAAAUAGAAUUAACUGACUUAGAAAAAAACAUUCUAAAUGUUAUCGGUAAAUACAAUCAUUUAUAUAAUGAAAAUGCAAUGAGCAAAGAAGAAAUAAAUAUUCUAUUUUUAAAAAACUAUAAAAAAUUAGUAAAUAUAAAUUUUAGAUCUUUAAAUAAAUUAAUAAAAUCAGGUUUAUUAGAAAAAAUAAAGUGUAUUGAAAAUAAGUAUCUUAAUAAUGAUGUGUCUAAAAAUAAAAUGAAAUUAAAAACUAUUAAUAAAAUUAAAUUAACAGAAAGAGGAAAAAAGUUUUUUGAUGAAGAAAAAGAAAAAUUAUUAAAAGAAGCAUCAAUUACAAAAUGUGAAGAUAAUGAAUUUUUUAUAAAAUUAAAUAAUGUGGAGGAAAAGUUUUUACAUACAAAUAUAACAGAAUUAAAAGAGAAUGUUAAGGAUAGAAAAAAUGAAACAAAAAUAAUAAAUCAUUCAGAAGAAAUUUUAAAAGAAAAAAUAAUACAAUGUGAUACCAAAUAUAAUUAUGAUCAUGAAAAUAACAAACAAGUAAAAGAAAAUAAUACGAAUUAUAUUUCAUUAGUAGAUUAUGGCAAUGAUAAACAUAAAAUAAAUUCUUUAGAAGAAAAAGAAAGUUCAUCUAACUCAAAUUCAAAUACAGAGAAAAAAUUAAAUAACGAUGUAAAAGAAAAUUUAGAAAAUAAUGAUAUUUUUAGUAAAGAGGAUAGAAAUAAUUAUUUUGUAUACAAUUAUUCUAAUUUAUUUUUAGAUGUAAAUGAUAAGAUUGAGGAAAAUUGUCAAUAUUUUAAAAAUGAAAAGUUUACAGAUAAUAAUAAUGUUCUUAUGAUGCUAGAUACAAAAGAGAACUAUACAAAUGAUAUGAACAAGUUGUGUAUUAAAAAGAAAGAAGAAAAGACACAAAUAACGAAAAGUAAAAACAAUGUUCAAAAUAAAGAAAAUAUAGAUGUCAUUGAAAAAAGUGAUAGUAUCAGAGAGGAUAACUUAUUUGAGCCAAUAAAGGAAUUUAAUUUAAUAGGAGAAAAAAAAGAAAGUAGUUAUUUCGAAAUUAAAAUGGAAAAUAAGAAAAGGGAAAUAAAAAAAAAAUUAAAAUUAAGUUUAAAAGAAAAAUUGGAACAAAAAAAAUCAAUUGAAAGCAUGUCAAAUAAUAAUUCUAGUUUAUUAACAUGCAACCUAUCAAAAAAUAAUUAUUCUGUAAAUUGUUCUAAAGUUGAUGUUAAUAACAACGAAAAGAACACGAAGCCAUGUGAUUUAAUAUGGGAUAAGGAUAGUAUUAUAAACAGAAAUAGUGAAAUAAAAGAAUACAAAGAGGAUAGUUCUAAAAUAAUUAGUAGUGAUAUUAACAAUAAAACAAAUAAUUUAAUUCUUGAUAAUAAUUAUAUAAAUUUUAUAAAUGGAAAUGAGGAAAAAAUAUCAAAAAAUAAAAUAAGAGAUCUAAAGGAAAUUAAUAUUGAAGUAAAUAUACCAUCUGAUGACAAUCAAGAGAAAUUAAGUUAUAAAAAUAUAAAUGAAGAAAAUUAUAAUAGUAGUGAAAGUAUUUAUUGUGACAUGUAUAAAAAAGAAUGUGGUUUAAAUACUGAUUCAUAUAAGUGCUUAAAAAAAAAAGAAAUAAAUAAUUUAGAAAAUAAUUAUGAAAAAGUGGAAUUAAUAUCAACAAUAAAUAAAGAAAAUAUUGAUAAUCAAGAUAAAUGCAUUAUAGAAAAUAUACAAGAAUUUGAAAGAAAGAAUAACAAUUAUGAUAUAAUUAAUAUAUCUGAAUUGUCUUCUGAUAAGCAGAGUCAUUCUUCAUAUAUGAAUAAUUAUAUGAGAAAUAGUAAAACAGAAAACAAGAGAAAUAAUAAUAUUUUAAAUAAGAAAAGCGAAAUGGAGAAUAAAAAUGACGUUAAUAAAAAGAAAGUAGAAAAUAAAAGAAUAAAAAAAAAAAGGAAAAGAGAUGAAAACCAAAUAAGAAUAGAUAUUGAAAAUGAGAAUAAUGAAAUUACAUAUGGGCCAUAUGAAAUAAUUAUGGUAAUUGAUAAUAGAGAUAUAUCAGGUGCAAAUUGUGAGUAUAAUGAAAAAAUGAAAAAAAUAUUCAAGGAUAACAAUAUAAAUUUUAUAACAAGAAAUCUUCCUUUAGGUGAUACUAUCUGGUUAUGUAGAAGAGCAAUUUAUAGUAGUAAUAUGAAUUCAUCAAAAAAUAAUAAAACAGGAAAAAAGAGAAAAAAAAAAGAAAAAGAGAGAAACGAAGAAAAUUACGUGAAUAUUUUAAAUGAAAAUAAUAAUCUAGAAAAUAACAAUGAAGAAAAAAACAUAAAAUAUGAAGAGUAUGUUUUAAAAUGGAUAAUAGAAAGAAAAACAUUAAAUGACUUAAGUGCUAGUAUCAUAGAUGGCAGAUAUGAAGAGCAAAAAUAUCGAUUAAUGAGGUCAAAAGAAAUGUAUCAUAUAAUAUAUUUAAUAGAAAAUUGUAAUAAUUCUUACAAAAAUUAUAUGAACUCUUCAAAAAUUUCAUAUGAAACAUUAACUAAUGCACAAUAUAGUACUCAAUUAGUAAGUGGUUUUUCUAUAUUAAAUAGUCAAAGUAUGAAUCACACUUUGUUUUUGUUAAGUGAAAUUCAUUUUCAAAUUGUAAAAAAUAUAAAAAGAUUUUGUGAAAUUAAAGAAAAUGAGGAAAUGUUCAUUAAUGAUAAAUUAUUAAUGUAUUUAAAAAAUAACUCAUGUUCAUGGGAAAAAUGGAAUAAUGAAUCUAAAAAAUCCAAAAAUAAUAUUGUUAAAGAGGUAUUUGGAAAACAAUUAAGAUUAAUUAACAUGUGUGGUCCAGAUGCAACUGAACUUAUUUUGUCAUUAUGGUCAACUCCUUUCAAAUUAAAUCAAGCACUACAUAAAUAUACUCAUGAUGGAAUACUAGCUGAAAAACUUAAAAGAAUUUAUAUAAAAAAUUAUGAAAUUAAAGGAAAAAAAAAAAUUAAAUCACCAAUAGAUACACAAUUGAUAGCACAGCUAAGGCAAUUAUAUGCCCCCGAUUCCAUUUAA